AUGAACUAUAUCUACUCAACAGUCAACACCCUGCGGGACAGAUACACGCCCGUCUCGCACACGUCCACCUUUCGCCAGACCGGCCAGAUCACGCCCGAGGAGUUUGUCGCCGCCGGCGACUACCUCGUCUACAAGUUCCCGACCUGGGCCUGGGGCGACGCCGACGACGAGAGCCGCCGCGCGAGCCACCUGCCCCCCGGCAAGCAGUACCUCGUCACCCGCAACGUGCCGUGCGACCGCCGUCUGAAUGACGACUUUGCCGGCGACGCGGGCCACGAGGAGUCGGUCGUCCACGACGGCUUCAGGACCGCGGCCAGCGGCGGGGAAAGCGGUGGUAGUGGUGCUGGAGGUGGCGGUGCGGGGGACGAUGAGGAUGGAUGGCUGAGGACGGGCGGCCUGGCGAGCUCGCAGCCGCUCAAGGCAAAGGAUGUCCGCACCGUGGAUGAUGCGGGGAACGUGGGCGCGGCGGACGAGGACGAAGACGAGGAUGACAUUCCCGACAUGGAGGAUGAGGAUGACGACGAGGCUAUUAUCCGCGAUGCUGGCGCCGGCUCGCAAAAGAGCGGCCGACGCACAUACACCCUCUACAUCAUGUACACGCCCUACUACCGCACCCCGCGCCUCUACCUCUCCGGCUACCGCGCCGACGGCCAGCCGCUGCCCCCGCACGACAUGAUGGACGACAUUGUCGGCGACUACAAGGACAAGACCGUCACCCUCGAAGACUUUCCCUUUUUCGCAAACAAUAUCAAAAUGGCCUCGGUGCACCCUUGCAAGCACGCCCCCGUCAUGAAGUCGCUGCUGGACCGCGCCGACGCUGCCCUGCGGAUCCGCAGAGACAAGAUGCGCGCGGCAAAGGGGGACAGCAAGAAGCAGACGGCGACGUCGACGGCGACGGCGACGGCGGCAGAGGGGCUGGCAGAGGGGAUUGGGAAGCUGGAUGUUGGGGGCGCGCAAGAGGUGGCGGAUAAGGAUGAGUGGGAAGAGGUGCAGCAGACGGAGGUGCUGGAUGAGAAUGAGGUGGCGAUUCGCGUGGAUCAGUACUUGGUCGUCUUUCUCAAGUUCAUGGCCAGCGUCACACCCGGCAUCGAGCACGAUUUCACUAUGGGAGUGUAA